AUGGGGAAUGGAAAGUUUGGUGGCCAUUUCUACCCAGGCUUAUACAUUUUCUUUUAUGGACUGUACCAGGCAACGGUGGUCUCUAAGGCCAUGAUAGUCAAUGACUCUCCCUCAUCUCUCUCAUACUUUCUCAAGAAUAAAAAGAGACGUUCCAAGCUGUGGAAGAUAUCCUAUGCAGGCUGGCUGAAGAUAGUCACUGGCUCCCUCCUAACAUUCUAUGUGGUCUUCUGUCUUGAUGAUGGGAUGGUGUUGAUUAACAAAGAGAUGCCUCCGAGGUUUAUGUACCCUCAAGAGUGGCAGCACCUCACCAUGUUUAUCCUCCUCACCCUUGACGGCUGUGUAGAUGUCAUGAGCAAGAACGUGCUGCGGCAAAGGUGUCUGGUCCUAGAAAGAGGUGUCACGGUCCUGAGCAUCUACGUGGUCCUGCUGCUGCUGGUGUCUCACGUUCAGGUCUCAUCAAAGGUAGAGCUGCACGUGCACUCUCUGCUCAUCCUGGUGGUGUUCCUGCUGAUGCUGGUGUUGACGGCAGAGCUGUGGGCCCAUGCGUCUUUUUGCCUCCAGCUGAUGAAGAGCUUUCUGUUCCUGAUGAUGGGUUCCUGGUUGAUGCACACAGGCUUUAUUCUAUUUAGACCGGUCUCUGGCUAUCCAUGGAAAGAUGAUGACAUCAGUGACAUCACGUUUGUCACCACCUUCUUCUGCUGGCAUGUGAUGACCGAUGCCUUGUGUAUGUUGGGAAUCUAUGGUGUCUCUUCCCUUUGGCACUGUUGGUAUAGUCCCAGCUGGAGGCUGUUGGGGUCCAAGGAAGCGCUGUAUCACCAUGAGAGCUCUUCAGGAAGCUUCUACAAGCUGCUGCAGGAGGCAAAGCAUCAGGACAAAGAUGAACAGGCUCUUCUUUCAAAGAGCUCUCCCUACAACAAGCCUAGAAUACCUGGGCACAUAUACCAGUCCAUCUUCCUUCUGUGGGCUCGCUUGUGCACUUACUCUUUGUUUCUUGGUGAAGGUAAUGGCCAUGGAAAAUGA